AUGGUUUGGGUUACCAGUCCGCUCAGCCAUCAGGAAAUCUCUCUCACCUUCCUCCCCCUGGUGCAUAUUGUGGUGCUGCUGACAAUUGAUUUCAACCUGUGCCGAGAGCAAAGUGAGACUGGGAUUACAAAACGUCUGAUUCAAAGUCCUGUUGGUAUGAGCCAUCGUUCUCGAGCCUCCAAGGUGCGACAGCAUGUCCACUGUGAUUCCUGCUACAGCCGGCGCUGCAGGGCUCGGGUGGAGGUCUCUGUGUGCUGUUCAGUCAUCCCCUGCCGCCUGCACUGUGGUGCUCUCUUCCACCUGUGCAAAGAGGAGGAUCACCUGCUGCUCUGCCCUAACGUGAGGGUGCCUUGCCUCAACGCUGGGUACGGCUGCCCGGUCCACAUGCCGCGCUCCUCGCGGGCAGCUCACCUCCAGGUGUGUCCGGCCAGCGUGGUGUGUUGCUCCAUGGAGUGGCUCCGCUGGCCGACUGAUGACACAAACCCACACAGCGACAUGGCCCUGAAGGAGAAUGUGCUGAGGGAAAAUGAGGGGCAGGAGGAGGCUCUGGAUCUUGCCAUGGCCCUGGUUGAUCAGUCAGACCUUUAUGGCCGCCUGAAAAUGAAGCCCCUCUAUCCAGAGCUGAUGGAGGAAGAAGAGGAGGAGGAACUAAAGGAGGAGGAGAAAGAAGAGAUGGCAAUGGGAGGGUUUGUCAGUGGUGUCAUAAUCAAUGAUGCCAAUAAAGAAAAUAGCUCGUGUGAGAAUGAUGUUGAAGAGACUGUACAGAACAGUGUGGGUCAAGGCCUAGUUCUCAGUAAAGAGAAAUACAAUCUGAGUGAGAUGAUGUUCGGCAUGGAGAGAGGUGGCUGUGCUGUCGCUCAGGCAAACGUUGACAAUCCUAAACCAAAGCCAAAAUCUGGUGAGAAGGGGGAGGCCCAGAACACACAGAAGGAUGGUGAAAACUGCCCUCCACCUAACACAAGCAAGACAGGGCACGCGCCGUGGCACGAGGGGGUGCUGGAGCGUCUGGGGCAGGAGAUCAGCCUGCGGGAUUACAACAUGUAUGUGGUGCAUCAUGGGCGCAUGCUGCUUUCCUUCGGACAAAUCAAGGCCUGUACGCCAAGGGACAAAGAUUUUGUCUAUGGCAGCCUGAAGCCUAUCCCAGUCCAGACCCUGCACUCUUUCAAGGUCCCUGACAGCUAUCACUACAGGCGGCGGAUUCAUCUUUACGACACGGCUGCGAGGGCUCAGAGUGAGCCUUGCGGCGUGGACACAUCAGACCUCGGGGUCAACAUAGAGAGCUGGUUCGGUGACGAGGCAGCAGCCACCCUGCUCGGCUACGCUGAGAAGGAGGUCAUGGGUCACAAGAUCAGCGAGCCAAAGGCAGUCGAUGGGCUCUAUGUUGACGUGGGAACACAGACGCACUCGUUCCGCUCGGCGCCGUUCAAUAGUAAGACGACCCUGGCGGAGGUGAUGGCGGAGAGACCGCUGAAGCUCCAUCUGCAGCUGCAGGCAGAGAGUGUGAACAGCAGACACAGCAGAGCCAGCUGUGUCUUCGCCUUCCUCUGUGGUCACACCUUCCACCGCAGAGAGUUCGCCACACAUUUCAGGAACGUCCACAGUGACAUCCAGACGUGCCUGAGCGGAUGGUUCGAGCAGAGAUGCCCCCUGGCGUACCUGGGAUGCACCUACAGCCAGAGGAGGUUUCAGCCCUCCACACAUGAAGCCAGAGUCACCUACAAUCAGCAGCUGAGGAGUUUCAACUUGCGUCUGACCCCUGUGGCCUCACUGGGUGAUGCCUCCCAGCCGUCCAGGAGCUCAGCGGACUCCUCUACUGCUCAGGGGGAAGGAGGAGGUCGGCCGGGAGGAGGAGGGGAGGACUCUCUGAGCUCGCUGCCCUACGAGGUGCUGUGCCACAUGGCCAGCUUCCUGGACAGUAUGUCCUUGUCCCAGCUGGCUCUGGUUUCCCGGCUCAUGAGGCAGGUGUGCUCCACUCUGCUGCAGGAGAGAGGGAUGGUCACCCUCCGCUGGGAGAGAAAGACCUACUCGCACCGAGGAGCCAAGUGGAGGGCCAAACCUGUAUGGGAGUUCAGUCGACUCUUCUCCUCAGUGGAUUCAUGGCAUAUGACCGACACCCCUCCUAUAUCUGCUCAUCUAAAAGUCUGUCCUUACUAUGAGACCUCUGUGCACAGCGAGCCUGUUCCCCUCCCCGGCAUGAGUGAGAAACAGCGGUGCAGCCAAGAGAGGAUGAGCCUCGUCGACCAUUUCAAUAGAAACAGAUGUCAACAAUGA